AUGCAUUCACCAAGCUUAGAGAACCAUGGGUAUCAUACGUUAGACUCACUGUAUCCUCAGGCACGUAAGCUCCAGUUUGAACUGAAGAUGCAAAUGAGCUACUUGGAAUCUGGUCGUACGGGAGGUAAAACGGAUACAGAACUCCAGGCUGAAGCUCGUGAGAACUUGAGCACGCUAGAGCAAUUGCUGUGGCAGCUAGACUCGCUCGUACAGAGAAGCAUUAAGCCUAUGGAGAAGGACACAUGGAUGAAGAAGUUGCAACAAUUAAGGAAUGAGACCCAUGUAUUGGGUAGCACAUUGGAACAACAUAUUUACAGCGUUAGCCGUCGAACCGUAGAGGCGAGAGAGAGGGAAAGACUCUUGAAUAGAAGCUUUGACAGUGGAAAUGGGGCAAUGUACGCUGCACAGGAGUCGGAAAGUCUGCAUCGAUCUUCACAGAUGGUCUCUGACCUGACAAGUUUAUCACAGUCGAUACUAGGAGAUCUAGGAGAGCAACGUAAUCGAAUGAAGAAUGUACGCACAAAGCUACUGGACAUUGCAAACCGAUUAGGUCUUUCAAGUUCAUUGCUACGAGUGAUUGAACGACGAGAUACAGUGGACUAUUGGAUUGUGAUAGGUGGUAUGGUUGUUACAUUGGGGUUCCUGCGCAGUCCGAGUCGCAAUCGCAGCCGAGAACGAUCGCGACGAGCCCAUCGCCACAGUCGCAAUUAUCGUCACCAUCGCUCACGCUCUCGCUCUCCUGAUCACCGCAAGCGUAGGAAAUGUGACAAUGAGAACAAUCGACUGCGACGUCAUUUGCACUCUCGAUCUGCGUCAAAAUCGAGAACGAAGUGGCAGAAUGAGAGCAAAAAGGAGAAGAAGGAGGUGACGGUGACGUUGGUUUCGUCACGAGAUAGCAAGCUGGACAAGGAGGAAGAGACGGAGAAACUGGUAGUUGAUAUGCAUAAAAAGCUCGUUACUGAUAGCGUGGAGAAAGAGGCGGAGAUAGUGCCAAAGGUCGUGGUGCAGGAGAAGAAGGUGAAGGAAACAACUGUAGAAAAGGAAGAACCUACGAACGGUGCUUUGAGGGUCGAUUCUGUGGAGCAGCAGAAGGUAUUAAUGGAUGAGACGAGUUUUCCGUGUGCAUCGAAGCCAGUAAUGGAUGUCAGCUCGAUCAAGAAAGACAUUUUGAAGGCUUUGGCGGACGCAAGAAGCACAAUUGCAGUAAUUAAGAACAGUGGCGCGGGUGAUCAUGCCACGACAUUUCAGGCGUCAGCAUCAGCAUUGGGUUCAAUGAAGGUUGAAGCGGAGCAACAAGAUCAGAAAGUGACGUCGCCGACGAAGCAGACAAUCGAAAUGGCUGGGUCGUCUCGAUUCUCGAAAACAACUGUUAGUGCAGAAGGUAAGACUGACAGCGGAUACCCUGCGGACGAGUUUGACAUGUUCUCGAUGGCGGCUCUAGAUGACCACGAUGGUGCGAUGGAGGGCACGAGUGGUGUCGCUGCAAUCACUGUGGACGAAGUGUUGCUGCAAUCGAACCGUGAUGACGCAGAGGGGUAUUACUUUACCACUAUUGGUGAGAUACUGAAUGGUAAAUAUCGCGUGCUUGGUGUUGUUGGCAAGGGCGUGUUCUCCACAGUGGUCCGUUGUCAGUGUAUUACCCCUUUGGGAAUUGCCGGCAGUAAGGCACUGAACGUCGUAGCUAUCAAGAUUAUUCGAAACAAUGAUAUCAUGCGCGAUGCCGCACAAACAGAGCUCAAACUAUUGAAUGAGCUACGAGAGCGCGAUCCUCGUGACAAGAAGCAUUGUAUACGGCUGCUAGAAUCAUUCUCUCAUCGCAAUCACGUCGCAAUGGUAUUUGAACCAAUGCAAAUGAACGUAAGGGAAGCCAUGAAAAAGUUUGGCGGAAAGGGCGGCAUUUCGAUACAAGCUGUGUCUGUGUUCAGUAAGCACCUGCUUAUGGCGCUCAAUCAUUUGGAGACGUGCGGAGUGAUUCACGCUGAUAUUAAGCCGGACAACAUUCUGUUGGAUGAGAAGCAAACGACGAUCAAGCUUUGCGAUUUUGGAUCCGCUUUCAAAUCGGACGACGGGAAGCAAGAUCCGACACCUUACUUGGUGAGCCGCUUUUACCGCGCUCCUGAGAUCGUGCUGGGUCUCGCCUACGACAAAGCGGUAGAUAUGUGGUCUGUCGGCUGUUGUUUAUACGAAAUGUUCACUGGCAAAGUUAUGUUUCCAGGGAGCACGAAUAACGAGAUGCUCAAACUCUUUAUGGAGCUCAAGGGCAAGAUUCCGAACAAGCUGAUCAAAAAACACCGUCAGGUAUACAUUGACCAGCUUGAGAUGGAGCCACACUUUACCGAGGAUCUCAAGUUCUGUAGUCGGGAGAGUGACCGCGUCACAGGUAAACCCAUUUUGCGCUUGAUGGACACCCUCAAGGCCAAGAGCGAUCUUGCUAGCAGUUUGAUGGCUGCUAAAAGCACGACGGACGAUCGAAAGCUUGUGCUGGAGCUCCGGAAUCUCUUGGAUCGGAUGUUCACGCUGGACCCGUUGAAACGUAUCUCAGUUCGAGACGCACUGGCGCACUCGUUUGUGAAGAGAGGACAAGAAGUAAAAACACCACGCUAG